AUGGCGCCGACGAACAGGCAGUGGGUGAGCAAAUUGGAUGGCGUGGACAAAUUGGAGUUGGUAGAGGGCGAGAUGCCGGUGCCAAAAGAUGGCGAGGUGUUGGUGAAGAUUCAUGCCGUGUGCCUGAAUUACCGAGACCUGGAGGUUUGUAACGGCGAUUAUAACCACCAUCAGACGCCUACUGAUUCUCCCGUCGGCAUUGUUCCAUGCUCUGACAUGUGCGGCACUGUCGUGGAGAGUAAAUCCCCGCUUCUCAAGGCUGGCACGCGCGUCAUGUCUGUCUUUCUGCAGACUCACCUCGCUGGCGCUCUCAAGCAAUCUGAUCUGGAAUCUGGAUUGGGCUUCCCUUUGCCGGGAGUGCUGACUGAGUAUCGGUGUUUUGAUGCCAGGGCGCUGGUCAAGGCGCCCAAAUACAUGACGGACGAGGAGGCGAGUUGCUUGCCGAUCUCCAGUGUGACAGCGUGGAUGGCCUUGAAUUGGAUGAGACCCAUCGGCAAAUCCUUCCAAGAACUAGAACUUUACGGAAAAACCGGCGAUGAAAAGAAGGAUAACGAGAAGGAGACUGUAUUGCUUCAAGGAACAGGCGGCGUGAGCAUUGCCGGCCUACAAAUCGCAAAAGCAGCCGGCCUCAAAACCAUAAUCACCUCUUCCUCAGACGAAAAGCUCGAAGCAGCGAAACAGCUCGGCGCAGACCACACGAUUAAUUACCGCACGUACUGGGAGUGGCAAGAUGGCGUCAUGGAGGCCACUGGCGGGAAUGGCGCGGACUACAUUCUCGAAGUGGGCGGGACGAAGACUCUGCGGAAGAGUUUUGCUAGUGUUGCGUUUGGAGGGACGAUCAGCUGUAUCGGGUAUGUCUCUGGUAAAGAGGAUGAUACGGGAGGUGAUGAUGGGGGGAAUGGGGAUGAUAAGGAUAAGGCGAAGGGGUGGAAUAGGUUGAAUGUGAAUGUUUUGGCGUUGAGGAAGAAUGUUACGUUGAAGGGGUUGGUGAAUGGGGGGAGGGAUCGGUUUGAGGAGAUGGUGGGGUUUUAUGAGGAGAAGGAGAUACGGCCGGUUGUGUGUAAGGUGUUUGGGAUGGGGGAGGCGAAGGAGGCGAUGGAGUAUGUCAAGGGGGAGAAGCACUUUGGUAAAGUUGUGAUUCGGGUGGCGGAGGGUGAUAAAGAGUAG